GUUUAAUCUUUGAAAUCUCAAACCAUAGACCCAGCAUUGAAGCUCACAAAUCCAUUGGUUUUUGAAGCCCAAAGGCACCAGCGACGAUCAUCGCUGUCGGGGCACAACAACCAAAAACGCCCUGGUCUAUUCCAUCAUCUUGAUAAGCUUUUCGCCAUUUCUGAAAAUUCUACGCCAUGGGGGUGGCUUAAAUUGACUCAGCCGCCUGUUUGAUUGUUCAAUUGGAUGGUUUCGGGCCUUAGAGCUUUCCACAGAAGACGAGGGCUUCAGCUUUCAAUUGGCAGUGGAAGGCAUGGCAGCUCCAGCAACAGCAGAUGUUUGUGAUGCAAAUGCAGCACAUGUCACAAAUGGUGAUCUCCGAGUACUGCAACCGAAAUUUGAUAUUUACGGGCAACGGCGAGCAUUUUCGGGACAGAUAGUGACAGUCAAGGUAUUUGAAGACAAUGUUUUGGUAAGACAGCUUCUUGAAACCAAAGGUGAGGGGAGGGUUCUUGUGAUAGAUGGGAAUGGAAGUAGGAGAUGUGCAUUGUUGGGAGGUAAUCUUGGGCAGUUAUCUCAUAACAAUGGGUGGGCUGGGAUUGUCGUAAAUGGUUGUAUAAGAGAUGUCGAUGAGAUCAAUAAUUGUGAUAUUGGUGUGAGAGCAUUAGGGACCAAUCCAUUGAAGUCAAACAAGAAAGGGAUGGGAGAAAAGCAUGUAGUUCUUGAAAUUGGUGGCACUUUGAUUCAUGAAGGAGAGUGGCUGUAUGCUGAUAGUGAUGGCAUUUUAGUGUCCAAAUUUGAGUUGUCUGUAUGAAUAGAUAGCCUGAUCGAGGAGCAUAGGAAAACUCUCUAUUGCUUGUUUUCAAGGCUUUCUUGGCUCUGGUUAUUGAGUUCCUUCAAAGUGUAUUGGAUUAAGUUAUGCUAUCUCUUUCAUUAUAUUCAAUGUAUUUGUGAUUCUAAAUGAAGGGGUGAUUAGAAAGUCAAUUGUUGGGUUCUUUGUUUUGGAAGCACUUAUUAGAAUGUUGUGUACGUUGUAGUUAAGAUCUGAAAAGAAACCAAGGUCAUGCAUCUACUGUCUUUUGAGUUUAUGAAUUAUUUUAAAAUUUUUAAAUAA